AUGAUAUCAGUUGCUCUGUUUCAAUUCAGUCUCUUUGUUGCUUACUUUAUAGUGACUUGUAGAGGUUUAUCAUGUAGUGGAGGGACUAUUCCAGUAUCACAAGCAGACUCAGAUACCUGCUACAGUACAUAUGCUCAAUCGAGUGCUGUCAGUUUUUUUAAUGGAAGUGUUCAAGAUGGCAAUUGUGAGCUGUUUUCUGAUCUCAAUUUCUCUAAUGUGACACAUAACUGGUCUUCACAUUAUACUAACUGUGCUAAAGAUGGAAACUUGUUUAUUACUUUAUUGUUGCCAGAUAGUUUUGGCUUGCCUCCUAAAUUAUCAUCCACUCGUUGUAUUCAAUAUAAUACAACAUUAUGUUCCUGUCAAAUGAACUGUCUGUUGCAUUUUUAUCAAACACUUAAUAGUCACAAUCAUUAUAUAUACCUUGAAGGAAUAGACUGUAAUGAAACAUUAUACAAUACUACUAUAGAAGGAAUACAAUAUGACAAGGAAUCAAGUUACUGGUCUAACUUUACUGCUAAAGAAGAUUUUAACCCUUGUACAAUAGAUCCAGUGGUCAGUAGCAGUUCACCAGUGAUCAGUAGUACUUCUGUUACUAGUUUUAAUAUUAGGCCUACAGUUUCUAUCUCUUCAGAUCUAUACAUCUCCUUAACUCACUUUAUGUCACCCACUCCAUCAAAUAAAUCUAGUAGUAGAUCUAGUUUAUUGAUUGGUGGAACUCUCAUCAGCAGCAACUUUCUUAUUCCUUCGGCUCCCCUUUCUUCUCUUAGGCCUACCUCUUUUUCUCAUAUAUCAUCAGAUAUUUUAUGUUCUACAGUGAGUAAUUGCUGCAGGUUAGUAAUAAGUAUAGAUUUUGCAUAAUAAAAGUAAUCAAUACUUAUUGUUUUUAAGCCCAACAUACACUACAGCCAGCAUAUUGCCUGCCUUUGACCUUUCUUGUUGAAAGGAAUAGAAACAUUUUCUAUUCAAGACAAGAU